AUGAAAAGACUCGAAUUAAUCGGUUUACUGUUCCUUCUUCAAAUCGUCCUCAUUGAUGCAGCUCAAGGAUCCAGCGCUUUCUUUCAGUCAACUAUAAGUCUGAUUGGAAUCGGAGUGUUCACUGUAUUCGUGGGCGUUCUUCUUGUCUAUGCAUGCAGAAUUGAUAUAAAACACUGGAGGAAAAGUAUUGAUGGAAGAGUUCAACUUGAGUAUCCGAAUGCUUCGUUGGCUGAAUUUCAGCUUCCACCAAUGCAUAACACUCCAGAAAAAGUGUCAACUCCAUUGGAACCAGAAAUAAAAACAGAAUCUACACAGAUUGAGAAAACUCACGAGGAGAAAACACUUCGAAUUGUGACAGCCAUGUACACUGCUUCAAACAGAGAUGUUCCAGAAUCUGUACAUCAGAGUCUUCAAUCGAAACGUGGAAAUCUGGCACGCCCUCAGAGAACUCCAGUCACUUUACAAACGAUUUCUGAGAAAGCAAAUGAACAAGAACGAUCAGAAAAAUCUACUCAUUAG